CAUCACCAGCUAUCUGCUCGUGAGGUUGCUGAACAUCAGUCAAUCUCCAAGCGAUGCGCUGCAUCAGCUGGCGCUUUCACCGUAGCGCGCAAGCAGCGCUCUCUAGCCAAGCACAAUGCUCUUGUUACUAAAGACACCAACGUUACCAUUCACACCUCAUUUCCUUUCUACGACACGAUCCAGAACGACACAUGCAUUCUCAUUCCCGAGGUUACUGCUGGACCAUACGUCUGGCCUCAGUCCGAUACACUUCGUCAAGAUAUGAGUGAGGGUCAAGCCGAUGUCCCGAUCUACCUCAACAUCGGUGUUCUCAACACGAACACUUGUGAGCCUGCACCUAACGUAUUGAUUGAUCUGUGGCACUGCAAUGCCACUGGUAGCUACUCGUCCUUCGAGGCCCUCUCCCCCAACAGCCCCUUCGAACAGCCUUUUGAGCAACUCAACGUAACUAUCGGCGCCGGCACACUCGACCUCCACCGGCAAAAGUACCUUCCUACGCGGAAUGUGACCCACCGACGACAACAGUGUGAUGGAGAUGAAGACUGUCUUCCCGGGUUUCUACAUCGAGCGCACGAUUCACGUUCACGUCCGUUCGCACACAAACUGGACCGUCCGCGGCAACGGCACUAUCGUGUCUAGCAACAUCGUCUCCACGGGACAGCUGUUCUUCGAGGAGGACUUGAGUGCGCAGAUCAUGGGUAUGGAGCCAUAUGCUAGCCACACAUAGAUCAACCGCAUGCUGUCGACAGCAUCUGCUCUAGCGAGAUGACGACUGAAUGGAGCCCGAACUGUGCUUGACGGUGUUGAUGUGGCGAAUGGUAUGGUUGGGUAUAUCACACUGGGUGUCGAUCUUACGGCUACGAGCUCUGAGGGAAGUGCUGCUCCCUCUGGCACGAUGACCUCGGGUGCCACGCCUUCUGGUACUUCUGCUUAGGUCGAAUGCCUCCGAAGGAAGAGUUAUAUGAUUGGGUGCUGUUUUGAUAGCGUAACGUUCAGAAGUGUGUAGACAAACGCAGUACAUCACGUAUGUGUGGACAUUGACGGUUUUGAAUAAAUCGUGGCGGCGUGGGCCGCUGUAGUAUACUGAUAGCUACGGUAAACGAUAACGUAGGACUAUCAGGGCGAUG